AUGAAUACACCUACUCAACCUCGCCCAAUUCAUAAUGCUGGUCCGCCAGCUGUAGCGUCUAGCCCUGCAACAGUGGUGCGAAAACGUACUAUUCCAGAAACUGCUACGAUGAAUACAAUGAAUACACAACUCGAUACACUCGUUCCAGAAUCACGAUUAUAUACAGAACUCCAAGAAUUUGAAAGAAAGUUGGACUCGACAAUUGUUCGCAAAAAAUUAGAAAUAACGGAAUCUUUACCAAAGCCGAUGAAGCGUACCCUCAGAGUAUUUAUAUCAAAUACAUCAUGUAAUCAGCAACCUGUACAGGAAGUUGAAGGAAACGAGAUCGAUUAUGGUAGUAACAUUCCGGCCUGGACAUUAAAGAUUGAGGGAAGGUUACUUGAUGUAAAUGCUGAUGACGUUGACGGAUUUGAGAUAAAACGUAAAGGUGACUCAAAUCUCAAAGCAAAAAUAUUCCUAAAUCUAGAUCAACAGCCACCAAGGUAUAAAUUAUCACCUGAAUUAGAAAGUAUUUUGGAUAUACAAGAAGAAACAAAACCAGGCAUUAUUAUGGCUUUAUGGCAGUAUAUAAAAGUAUACAAUCUUAAUAUAUUACAUUUUAAAUUAAUUAAACAUGUAUGUGCGUACAUUAACUGA